CUCUCUUGACGAAACCCCGCACGCGUACGACGACCUUGACGUUGGCGCUGUCCUCAGGCAUGGUGUGUUGUUCGGGCGCAGGUUCGUAGGCGCCGCGCAUAGAUGGUGUGGAGGCGGAGGAGCCGUAGGCGUAGGAGUCGUAGGGCGAGCGGGCGUACAUCCUGGGGUCCAUGGUGACUGCCCUUGCGCGAAGAGUGCAGGCUGUUGUGACUGACGGGGCCCCAGCCCGGUAUUUACCUCUUGCCAAAGCGAGCCUGGUAAGCGAUGACGGCAACGCCGAUCCGCGCCCGGCGAUUGUCCGUCGGGUUGUCAGGGCGCAGCCUGUGCACCAGGCGCCCUGAGAAUAUUCAUCACCGCCAAACGCCUCCGACUCUGGACCCCUCCCUUGCAGCGAUACGCCUGUUCCAAAGGCAGAAAAAAAAAAAGUGUGCGUGUGGUGCGUGUCCGCCGUGCCUGGCGUUCCCUAGCAACCACCACCCAGCCUUUACUCUCGUUUCACAAAAACAAAAUUUUAGCCAAUCGACACUUAUCGCUCCUUGCGAGGCUCUCACGCUUCGCCAUAAGCCCUGCCGCUGCCAUAAAAAGCCCAUUGAGUUGUCCUGUACCGUUAUUGUCUCGGCAAACAAUGGCCUAUUCAUCUUCCAAGGGUCUUGCGGAUCUUUUCCUCGCCCGCAUUUCCCCCGCGGAGCAGCCCGCUGCUGUUGCCAACAUCGUCCAAGACUUGUGCCUCAGUGGUUCAAAAGAGGAUGGUGAUUUUUCCGCGGCAUUUGUUGCGGCCGACCUGGUCCAACGGUGUCUUGAGGUGAGCUUUGCCCUUUGUAAAUUGCCAGCGUGUUAUGCAUGAGCUUGCCGCCAGCAUUCCAAAAUCAUCUCUUCACGUGAUGCUUGGCUCCCUUGCGGUUCUCAACAGGCCAUGCACAUGCGAACCAUGGGAGCGAAGAAAAGGCCAAAGC